AUGAGAGUAAUUAAUUCGAUAACAGACAAACCUGAAUGGCAUCAAAAGGUUUUCGACCACAAUAUUGUUUCUAAUUGGCGCGAGGAAAUUGCCAAGAGUGGGCAGGACGUGACAGAAAGGAUGAUGGAUUGGAUUAUCAAAGAGCUGCAGUGGAAGGCUGGCAUUGCCCAAAAGAAAGGUCUAGUCAGAGUUUUUGAUAUUGGAGUUACGAAGUCCGAUACGGCCAUAUCCAAGCAAUUACAGCAGGACUUGAAGCGAGCGGUGGUUCCAUUUGAGGACGUACCAGAAGAUCAAAAGGACUAUCAUCCUGGGUCCGGUGAAAAUGUGAACCUGGUUCAUCCCUCGUUGUUUCCAGUCAUCUUUGGUCGAACGCGCGUUCUCCCAGAUCGGACUAUAGACUUGAAAAACUGCCUAAGCAGUGUUGGGCAGGGAAUCUUGCUCCAAACUCCUACCGAAGAAGAUACGAAAAUCGAUGUGACAAGUCGCAGUCGUGAUAAGCAUUGGGAGGGGAAAGCCUUCAGUCGGAAGUUCCAAUGGCUCCCCUGUGAUGUGGCAUUCAGGGGCCUGGAAUCGGAGACAAGCGAUACCGACAAAGUCCACCAGGAUGAGCACCACGAAAUUGACCGUGCCGAGAAUGAUAUUGCGACAAACAAUCACGGGUGCAAAAUCAAAUCUUAUAUCAACAAUGCUCACCCGAUUGAGCAUAGACCACUAUACGAUGCAGUCGAAAGGGUCAUCGCGGCAGCAAUCCCUCUCUGGGAUGAGACAUUGACAGAAUGGCCAUUCGAAGGCGAGAGAAUUCCGUAUAAAGAGGUCAAAUACGGUGAACAUUCUUCUCCAGAGCCUCAGUAUCCAGAGGAUGCCCCCGAUGACUUCGACGAUGAUGCAUACGGAGAGAAGCAUUGGGCUUGGUUACAGUCCCGCCCAAUAAUACUCCCCGAGCCCGGCGAGUUUGAGGUCUUCAAAACUUGGGACUGCGACAUAGUCAACUUGCGAGAGCAAUUCAGUGAAAAGGGCUUACAGGUGAUUGUGAAACUGGCGAACAUUGAAUUGACGCCAGAGAAACCGGAGUAUGAGGGAGGUACCUGGCAUAUCGAGGGCCAACUGAACGAGCGUAUUUGCGCCACAGCAAUCUACUAUUAUGACAACCAGAACAUCACAGACAGUACGCUGUCGUUCAGACAACGAGGGGACAGAAUGGACGACGUCAUCUACGAUCAAGACUGCCACGAAUUUCUUCAAGACGUAUAUGGAUUGACCAAAAACGAGCAGACAGGUUUGACUGAGACUACUCAGGUCAUUGGGGGUGUGGUUUGUCGCGAGGGUCGACUAGUCGCGUUUCCCAACGUCGUUCAACACAAGGUGUCACCAUUUUCGCUCGCCGACCGAUCGAAAUCUGGACACCGCAAGAUUCUGGCAUUGUUUCUGGUUGAUCCUCAUAGACGGAUCAUCUCAUCUGCCAAUGUUCCUCCGCAGCAAGAGAAUUGGAAAGCAAAAGCGGGAGAACUUGGCAAGGUGGGAUGUUCGCACGGACUAGAAACAGAACCAUCAAUCACGCCGGAUCAAGAUGGGCUGGAUUCUACCAUGACCAUCAAAGAAGCAAAGGCUUACAGGCUUAAGCUUAUGGAGGAGCGCAGCGUUGCGGGGUUGGACAGUAAGCGAAUGUUCGAGGAGGCCGAGUUCCAUCUUUGUGAGCAUUAG